CCUACCUCUUUCCCUCACCUUCCCCCCUCCCCUCUUCUACCAUGCCCGGCAUGAUGGAGAAAGGGCCCGAGUUACUGGGGAAGAACCGAUCGGCCAACGGCAGCGCCAAGAGCCCGGCGGGCGGCGGUGGCAGCGGCGCCUCGUCCACCAACGGCGGGCUGCACUACUCGGAGCCGGAGAGCGGCUGCAGCAGCGACGACGAGCACGAUGUUGGGAUGAGAGUCGGAGCCGAAUACCAGGCUCGGAUCCCUGAAUUUGAUCCAGGUGCUACAAAAUACACAGAUAAAGACAAUGGAGGGAUGCUUGUAUGGUCUCCAUAUCACAGUAUUCCAGAUGCCAAAUUGGAUGAGUAUAUUGCAAUUGCAAAAGAAAAACAUGGCUACAAUGUGGAGCAGGCACUUGGCAUGUUGUUCUGGCAUAAACAUAACAUUGAGAAGUCCCUUGCUGAUCUCCCUAAUUUCACUCCCUUUCCGGAUGAGUGGACUGUGGAAGAUAAAGUCCUGUUUGAACAAGCUUUUAGUUUUCAUGGGAAGAGCUUUCACAGGAUUCAACAAAUGCUUCCAGAUAAGACAAUUGCAAGUCUUGUAAAAUAUUACUAUUCAUGGAAAAAAACUCGAUCUAGGACAAGUUUGAUGGAUCGACAGGCUCGUAAACUAGCUAAUAGACAUAAUCAAGGUGACAGUGAUGAUGAUGUGGAGGAAACACACCCAAUGGAUGGGAAUGAUAGUGAUUAUGAUCCUAAAAAAGAAGCCAAAAAAGAGGGUAACACUGAACAACCUGUACAAAGUAGCAAGAUUGGCCUUGGAAGGAGAGAGUAUCAGAGUCUACAGCAUCGCCACCACUCUCAGCGCUCCAAGUGCCGCCCCCCUAAGGGCAUGUACUUAACCCAAGAAGAUGUGGUAGCUGUUUCCUGUAGUCCCAAUGCAGCCAACACCAUCCUGAGGCAACUGGACAUGGAACUGAUUUCUCUAAAACGUCAGGUUCAGAAUGCUAAGCAAGUAAACAGUGCACUUAAACAGAAAAUGGAAGGUGGAAUUGAAGAAUUCAAACCUCCUGAGUCAAAUCAGAAAAUUAAUGCCCGUUGGACCACAGAGGAGCAACUUCUAGCAGUGCAAGGCACACACCCCACAGGCUCCUCGGACUCUGGGUCCAUCACCACCUGCCCCAUCAUCCACUCCAACACCAACCGUCCCCAUUGCCACUCUGAACCAGCCUCCACCACUUCUUCGUCCAACACUGCCUGCUGCCCCUGCUCUUCACCGGCAGCCUCCUCCACUCCAGCAGCAGGCGCGGUUCAUCCAGCCCCGGCCAACUUUAAAUCAACCUCCACCACCUCUCAUCCGCCCUGCUAAUUCUAUGCCACCUCGUCUAAACCCAAGACCAGUGUUGUCCACAGUUGGUGGUCAACAACCACCGUCACUUAUUGGAAUUCAGACAGAUUCACAGUCCUCACUGCACUAAAAAUUAACUUGAACAGAGCUGCUGUAACUCUUCACCCCAUCAUUAUGCCAGUGCUCAUCUGACUGUUGCAAAAGAGAGAAAAGGAUAACCUUCUAGAUACUGAGGCUACGGACUCGUUUUGUGGCUGUGGAAUAGCAUAAAUGGGUGUCUUAAGAAAUGUUUCAGUUCUUUGGACUAAAAUGGUAUGCAACAAAAGCCUCCCGAUAGCUUCCUUUCUGGAUAUGUGUUCAGCAAUGUGAACUCAUAAAAGGAAAAAAAAAAAGAUUAAGUAUUCUAUAUACCAAGGAGGGGUUUGUUUUUGCUAUAUUUAUUUUAUUGAAGUUCAUUAUAUUCCAGUCUCUUCAUAGUCAGGGCUCUUAGUAUAGGAAUAUUAGGAAUUUUGAAAACUCCUUAAAUUUCUUAAGGAUAUUUUUGACUUUCUCUCUUUUUUUUUAAUUUAAUUUUUUAAAAAUAAACAUUUUCCUAUGUUAGGAGUACAAAAAUAAAUAGCCUUCAUUUCACAUUUUGCCAUAUAUUCUUUUAAUGCAUAUUUAAGAAAUGAUACCUGUAUAUCAUAUCCCUUGUUUGAAAAUACAUUGCUUUUUUCCCCAAAGGAAUUUUAAUAUAUUCCUUUUUUAAAAAAGCAGUUUAAUUAAUUGCAAAGCAAUUAUAUGAAACCACAAAGAAUGUACUGGACUUACUAACCCUUUCACAUAGAAUUAAGGGCCCUAGUGCAGAGUCCUUGUCUAAAGGUCAUUGGCCCAUCAUCUAUCAAUAAUAAGAGAAUUGGAAUAAUGAUUUUACAGAUGAGAACUUAAUUUGCUCAAGUACAGUGUCUUUUAUUAAGUUUCUU